AUGGUACACGUACCGGAUGAUAGUGGACCAGGGUAUUACAUGCCCCAUCAUCCGAUAAUAAAACAUCCAGCACUACCACUAAGGUACGCGUUGUAUUUGAUGCUUCAGCUAAAACCGAUAAAGCUUCAAAAAAUAUUAAAACGAGAUCUUUAUGUCGACAACUUAUUAACCGGAUCCAAUUCUUUGACCGAAAUUUUAAAAUUGCGUGACGAAAUCAUUCAACUAGUGCGAAAGGGUGGAUUUGAACUCAGACAAUGGGCUUCGAAUCACCGACACGCACUGGAUAAUUUCGAUCAAAGAACCUUAGAUUUAGAUUGUGCUAUUAAUGAUGAUCCUAUCUCUAAAACUUUGGGCAUAGCAUGGAAUUCUCUAACUGACGAAUUUAUCUAUACAGUCAAAUCAAACGAUUCAUCACGAAAAAUAACUAAACGAACCAUUUUAUCUGACAUUGCAAAAAUUUUCGAUCCUAUCGGAAUUCUCGGUCCUAUUGUAUUAGCGGCAAAAACCAUCAUUCAAGAAUGUUGGAAAUUAAAGGUCCAUUGGGAUGAAACGGUCCCACAAGAGUUGCAUUUGCGCUGGUGUAAAUUUGCUGAACAAUUACCCCUAAUCAAAGACUUUUCGGUUGAACGAAAUAUUUUAAUUCCUGAUCCGACUGACAUACAACUGCAUGGAUUUUGUGAUGCUAGUAGAGUAGGCUAUGGUGCUUGCAUUUAUAUAAGAUCAGUGAAUAAACAUGGAGACGUGAUCGUGAAAUUAGUUUGUUCCAAAUCUCGAGUUGCUCCCAUUAAAGAUGUUACAAUUCCAAAAUUAGAAUUAUGUGGAGCAUUAUUACUUGCUAAAUUAUAUAAGGAUACAAUUCCUUCAUUUAACUUUGACAUAUCUAAAGUCACAUUUUGGUCUGAUUCAACUAUUGUACUUCAAUGGCUCAAACGAUCUCCCAGCACUCUCAAGGUCUUUGAAGCGAAUCGCGUUACACAAAUUCAAACCCUUUGCAGUAAAAUCGAAUGGCGACAUGUCAGAACCAAGGAUAACCCGGCAGAUUGCUUAUCUAGAGGUCAACUUCCUUCUGAAUUUCUAAAUAACAAAAUGUGGUUGAUAGGUCCUACGUGGCUAUCACAGGAUCCUCUCAAUUGGCCUAACUUAAAGCCAACAGUUCUUUCUGAACUUCCUGGUAUAAUCCAUUCAAACACAAACCUUUAA